CUAGUCUUUAAACGCUGUUGUGCGCAAUCCUUUACCAGUCAAAAUGGUCAGGGAAGACAAGGCAACAUGGAAGUCAAAUUACUUCAUGAGGAUCAUUGUAGGUUAAUGUGAUAUUUAAAACAUAAGAGACUAAUAUUCUUUUGUUGGAACCUUGCACAUUACCACAAUAGUGACUAAGACUUAGUGUGUAAGGUAUAGCACAAAUUUGAUUACAACAGUAUGAGCAUGGCUUUGGUGUACCAAUUAAGUCAGUAUUUUCAUUUAACUUUCUUUUUUCUGUCGCUCACCGGCAGUUGAACAGACUUUCCACACAUGGGCUGGUUUUUACCCGCGAUUUUGCAGCCAUAGUUGAGUCAUAAUGAAUCGGUCAAAUCGAAGCUUCAACAUGCCCCCAACCGGGCAUACCCCAGGCAUUUGACUCCUUUGCCGUCCGAGGGAGGAGGGAAUUUGAUUAUCAGUGUCUUCCAGGGGGUGGGGAGUUUGAUCCCCAUGCUUUAGGGGUGGGGAAUUUGAACUGCACUCUCGAUUUCAUGUUAAAUCUUUAGCGUAGCGAGCUAUGGGGGACGCGGUGUUAGAGGAUUUUCUUGGAAAAGAUUGUGCCUCUGAGGCCAAUUGGUUACGAGGAAAGGGCUUGAACAAGUUUUGUGGCGUAUUUGAAGUAUUUAAAUUUUAAAAUUUUUAAUAUUGGAUUCAGGCUUUGAAUGUAUGAAUGUAUUUUACUGUUGUGUUUACAAUGAAAUACAAUACCUAUUCCGGCGAUUCAAUACAACAUAAAAUAAAAUAAAAAGCUCAGGUUAACUACUUUGACCUACUGUAAGUAUGUUAAUUAAUAAGGUGAGCAAUGAUGCAAAAGGUUCCACUGUAUUUCAGUAAAGGGUCAUUUAGUAUUUUGUUCAACGUACUGUAUUAUUUUAAUCACAUGCUGAAAAGUAAUUGUUCGUUUACUUUCGCCAACAGCAAUACUUGGAUGAAUACCCUAAGUUGUUUUUGGUGGGUGUUGACAAUGUGGGUUCAAAGCAGAUGCAGCAGAUUCGCCAAUCCCUGCGUGGACGUGCUGAGGUUCUUAUGGGCAAAAACACCAUGAUCAGAAAAGCCAUCCGAGGACACUUGGAUAACAACCCUGCCCUGGAAAAGUGAGAAAGUUUAAAUGUAAAGUUUGUAACUAAAAAGAACAGGGUUCGCACAGUCUUGAAAAGUCCUUGAAUUUUAGGGGAAGUCCUUGAAAAGUCCUUGAAUUCCAUUUUUCCUUGAAAAGUCCUUAAAUUUCUGUGCAAGUCCUUGAAAAGAGCUUGAAUUUUCUUCAACUUUGAAUGUAGUAGCCUGGAAAGAAUUUUUUGAUGCAUUUUGGUUGUCCAAGACAGAAUAUAAAUCGUAUCUCAGUGAAUGUAAAGGUCAUUUACAUAAAGUGCUCCAUGUUUUAUGCAAUAAUUAACUAUCAGUUUAAGACAAGUGAACUGAAAAAUGUAGAGAAUUUGGUGAAGCAAACAGUUAAAGCCUUAAAGUCUUAUUAGAAUAUACUGGGAAUAUGCAUUUUUGUACAAUCUGUGAAAUUAUAUUCCUAGUAGGUUGUCCUUGAAAAUCUAAUGUGGUCCUUGAAAAGUCCUUGAAAAAUGGUUGCAAUUUUUUGUAUGAACCCUGAAGUAAAGUAAGACUAGUAUGCAACUGCCUAGAUAAGGUGCUUAUCCAAAAGGAAAGAAAAAACUAUUUUUUAAGAGCGGUGUAGCUUACAUUAUUCUGCCUUGUACUCUGUACUGCUAAGGAAUACAGCAGACAUGACAAGUUUGUCGUAAUUGUCACGUGCACUGAGCCAGUCUUGUUCUGGAGCAAACAUAUGCUUGAUUAAGAGAAAAACUUUUCACCUGGAAAGAGUAGAUCAUAAAGAAACGAGAAUCAGGAUUUCUGCAAAGACUGCUGGUGUUAUCACUUUUAAAUUAUCACGUAUUUAGUGCAUGUUAGCAAGUUGUAUGGCUGCAUUAUUCCCUUGGUCUUGGUGUGGAAUAAGCUGCUGUUUUGUUGGUUAUGUUACAAUACUUAUCACUAACACACUUCUACAAAAGAGGGAUUGCAUAUUCUGGCAUUUUUUACAGUGUAUUAUGUACUUCCAUUGGACUGCCUCUACCACACAACAUUUUAAUAGCACUAACAUCAAGUGAGCUCACCCAUGACCAGUGUCAUAGGUCAGAUGUCAGGUUAUGGGCCUUAAUGAUAGCCCUAACAUUUACUUUAUUGUAGGAAGUAAAUGCUCCAUGAAAUUAAGGUACUGGAAAUUAGUGCAACUUAAAUUAAUGCAAAUUUAGUGGAAGGUGACUUUUGAACAAAGGAAAUUAAUGCGAAAUAGAGGGUAACGUUUAAAAAUUAAGGAAAUUAACGCGAUGUUUACAAUGAAACAAAACUUGUAGUUGUUGAGAGAAUUAGAAUAAAGUUAAACUUAGAAUCUGAAAUGGAUACUUUGUUCUUGGUUCUUUCCUUAAACAAACGAAGGGGGUUAAGCGAAGAAUCUGGCCUCUUCAAGUUCUACACAGUUUCACCGUUAUUUGGGGAACUCCACGCUGAUAAAAUAGUCCUCUUUCUUAGGUGUCGAGAAUGUCAGAAGGUAUUGAGAAAUUGGGGUCAGAAUAAUGGAAAUUAAGGUUGCAGAAAUUAAUGCUACACUUAAUUAAAGGUGCGGAAAUAUUAAUGUUGUCAAAAUUUAGCACUUAAAAUUUGCGUUUUUUUUAAUGAAGCAUUUAUUUCCUAUGAUGGGGUAUGUUAUUAUUAUUACAUGUAUUAUUAUUAUUAUUUUAUUAUUUUUUGAUUGAGUACUGUUUCCUUACAGGCUGAUUCCUCACAUCAAGGGCAAUGUAGGCUUUGUGUUCACCAAGGAAGAUCUUGCUGACGUACGUGAUCUUAUCCUGGCAAACAAGGUUGCUGCACCGGCCAAAGCAGGUGCUCUUGCUCCAAUUGAUGUGUUUGUUCCCAAGGGUAACACUGGGCUAGGACCUGAGAAGACCUCCUUUUUCCAGGCCUUGGCUAUUCCAACAAAGAUUGCCAAAGGAACUAUUGAAAUUUUGGUAAGUAUGUGUUUUUGUUGCUGUGCAGUUAAACUUAGGGCUCUUUCCAAAAGUCAGAACUGGCCAGCUGGAUUAUGGCUGGACCGGUCAUUUUGACAAUGAAAUAGACUUUUUCCAAGAGUUUUUGCUGAAAAACCAUCUCUUUUGUGCAUACUAGCUAUUUAGGAUUUGACUGAUCUGGCUCGAUAGUUUUGAUUAAAAGUGAAAUUCUCAUUGCGACCGGAAUGGUCUGUCUAGUCAGUUGUGGAGAGUGGAAAGUGCCCUUAGUCUUUAACCCUCCAAGUCCUAAUAGUGAUCAACAUCAAUUUUCUCCUAAAAAUAUCCAUAUGUUGGCAAGAGAAAAGGUUAUGUUAGUUAAUAAAAUAAUCACUAAAGAGAAAAUACCUUGAUCUUUUAUCAAAUUCUCUCAACUAAUUCUUAAAGGAAAUGUACAGAGAUCACUUUGGAGAAUUUGUACGCGGAUAUUGGGGUUUAAAGAGUUAAGCAGCAUGCAUAUAAGUCUUGUCCAAAAGCCUGAGGUAGUGGAUUUUGCUAUGAAGCUUUUAAAUUCUGUUCUUACAUGUACAUGUAACUUGUCUGAUGGGCAAGUGAUAUUUUGGGGCGAAUUCAAAUUACAGAAGAACUGUAAUCAGUCCUGCUCUGACAUCAAAAUUUUUUUUCCAGCUAGUUGAAAUGUAUAGUACACACUAGCUAAAGCUUGUCCAAAAGGCAAGCGGUAAAACUGACUUUCUUUGCACCCUGCUUCAUGUUCUAAUAUCAAUGCACAAAUUUUCCCGGCAGUUCUCACUUCAUCUCUUGUGGUAUACAUGUAACAAAGGAGAAAUGUUUUAUUUAAAGAUGAAGACACUUUUGUGUUUUUGUCUUUUCGUUUGUUUUGUGGUUUAAUUAUUUUUUAAAAAUUUAAAGUCUUUUUGUAUUCCUGUUGAUCUAGAUUAUAAGCAAACCCUCCCUUGAAUGAAAAGGAAUGAUCUUGUAACAUCGCAACUCGUAGGCAACUGCUGUAUUGUUUAUUCUCAUGUUUGAUUUUGCUCUCUAGAAUGAUGUGCAUUUAAUCAAGAAGGAUGAGAAGGUUGGUGCUUCAGAGGCCACUCUGUUGACCAUGUUGAAGAUUCUUCCAUUUUCCUAUGGUCUUGUAAUUGAACAAGGUAAAAGCUUUUCUACAAAUAUAACUUAUGGCUUUUAAGUCCUUUCACCAAUUUAUCAUACAUUGCACCAAUAUUUUUACUAACUGUACUUCAAGAGGUGACAAGUUUUAGGUAACAUAUUUUGCAGAGCAUUAUUUUUUGGGGAGGAGAAAGUUCAUUAAGACCAGAUGCCACACAUGACAUCUGGUAGUUUGACAUUGCUAGAUCCGGUACUAUUAUGUUUGAAAUGUAAAUAAAUUGUUUAAUUUUAGACUUUUCCAUGUUAUUCAGAGUGCAACUUCAAACAUUUUCCUGGGGGACCAUGCCCCAGGAUCCCCAUGAGAGGUCUUAACUUUAUCACCCAUGUUUUAGCCUAGUGCCUUCUGUGACAUGUUUUUUUCUGUGAUUAGGGAGCCCAGGCUAUAAAAGCCUCUUGUUUUCUUCUGUGCUCCUUGCCAGUUUCCGGUUUUUGAAUUUGUAAUAAUUAUUAAUGAAUGUAUUUUACUUUGGUGUAAAAGAAGUGAACUGAAUUGAUUCUGCACUGAAAAAUGUUCCUAAAAGCUUGAGUGCCGUAAAUAAUAAUGUGCACUGUUUUUGUAGUAAAAUUAUGUACACACUACAAUAUUAUAUUGUUAAUGCCCUAAUGAAAACUGGUAAUAGCCAAUCAGAUUCAAGAAUGUGUCAUCACUAGACUGAUCAGUAGAAUAUUAGUCUCUGCACUCAAAGUUAGCGACCAGCUGGUCUCACAUGCUACCAUAUUUUAUUCAAUGUACCUAAAAAAACGUGUGGUCACACUUUUGUUUGCAUCUAAAAAGCCCAAGGUCAGUGCAGUUGACUGCGCUGAGCCCAUCGCUUAUGUACUCAGGUGUAGCCCCAUGAAGGGACAUAGACUCAAGGCUCUUUUUUGCACUGAAUGGAGUCACUGAAAAAUGUGAAAUGUGUCAUUGAAGGUCCUUGAAAAGUCCUUAAAUUUUUUGUUCAAGAAAGGGUACGAACCCUUAACAUAACUGUAUUGAAGUUAAGUCAUUGUGUUGUUGUUGUGUUUUUUCAGUGUAUGAAGGUGGAGCCUGCUUCUCUCCAGAUGUCUUGGAUAUCACCACUGAGGAUAUUCUAGGUCGCUUUGUGGAGGUAACUUUCUACUGGAAGCAACUUUCUCUUCAGCUUAGUUAACUUGGGAGUUUAAGUUGGAAAGGCAAAAGAUUUGACCAUUGUUAGUUUUCGGAAUCGCACAAUUUUGGGCUUCAAUUUACACUGACACUUGUUUACGUUCACUUCAUGUCAUGGUUAAAGUCAUACAGGAUUAUCACAAAACCAGAAAUGCGUCUGGAAGACCAGUUCUUUACAGCGAUUUUCACAUUUUAAUUACAGUAGUAGCCACAUGUAGUCUCCGACUGCCUAUUUUUUUAUUGUUGCAAAAGAGAAUUAGUUAACCAGAAAGCUCAAAAACACAGUAGGCCAUUAAUUCUGAGUUCCAAAACCUCUUGCUUUCAAAAUGAGGCUAACUGCGAAACCUUUCUUGUGAAAAUUAGUUUUAUUGUCAUGAGAAUUAAAAGUCAUUACUUGCACUUCGUCUUUCUUUGAAACAGAGGCGUGGGAGAAACUGAAAAUGGCCUGUUACAUAUUUACUGGUGGGAAUUCUAAAUAGUUUGAUAUAAUAUGGUCAGAAUUGGCUUCUUGGAAAAAAAAAAGGGUUAAUCCAAUUUUUUUGUCUGUUGUCUUCAGGGUAUCGUGAACAUUGCUUCAGUGUCGCUGCAGAUUGGUUACCCAACUGUGGCAUCCGUGCCACAUUCUAUCAUCAAUGGAUUCAAGAAUCUUGCAGCCGUUGCUGUGGAAACCAACAUCACCUUCCCGCAGGUUGAACAGCUCAAGGCCUACCUGGAGAAUCCAGAAGCCUUCGCUUCUCUGGUUCCUGCUGCAGCCACCGAAACAGCUGCUGCCCCGGCGGAGGAUACGAAAGAAGAAAAGAAGGAGGAGGAAGAAGAGGAAGAAAGUGAUGAUGACAUGGGCUUUGGUCUGUUUGACUAA